AUGUCUGUUGGACCAUUUUUAUCACCAACACACACGUUAGAACCAGUAAAUCAAGUUGGUGAAUGUAAACCCUCACCGGCUUUACAUGCCUUGAUUUGGAAAAGCUCACAUUGUCAAAGUGAAAUAAAUGAAUUGACGUUUCCCACUAAUUCAGUACAGUCAACAAGUUACAACGUUGUUUUCGAGAAAAAUGACGACAAUUAUAAGGGAAGGAUUCAUGAACCUGGUGACCCUACACCGAUAUCUUCAGAUAAUUCUGACACUAAACCAAAUUCGAUAUUAUCAUUUGAUGAAUGGAGAGCUCAACAAGAAAAAGAUGGGCAUACUGCGGCUGAAUCAAAAACAAGGUCAAAAAAACGUGUUGGUAAUUCUCAAAAUGAUCCCGCAUUAAUGGAUUCAAUUGAUGGGGAGGAUUAUAUGGGUUUUGAUAAUCCUGAUUCUAUGUUUGAUAAUUCUGAUUCCGGAGGUUUGAUUUCACAAUAUGAAAACCCGGCUUCCAAGUUAAAAGAAAAGUUUAAUUUUGCUUCGUUCGAUUGCGGUGCUUUAGUGUUAAAAUCAAACCCAGAAGCAAAAGGUGCUGUUUCGCUUCUUUACGAAAGUAAAGAUUCUUAUGUCUUAAAUAAAUGUGCGGCCACGAAAUUUAUCAUACUGCAAUUAUGUGAAGAUAUUCUGAUAGAAUCUUUGGCUAUGGCAAAUUUCGAAUUCUUUUCUUCAACAUUCAAAGACUUUAAAAUAUCUAUUAGUAAAUGGUACCCUGCUAAGGAAUGGAAAGUUAUAGGCGAAUAUAGAGCAAAAAACUCAAGAGAACUACAGAUAUUUGAGGUUAAAGAUCCAAUAAUGUUUGCAAAGUAUAUUCGUAUUGAUUUUUUGACCCACUAUGGACAUCACCAACUUAAAGAAUCUCAAAGUCAAGAAAUUGUAUCACCGUCUAAAUCUUCUCAUGAUAUCGAUAUUGAUGGAAUUAAUUCAAAUGAUGACAAUUCUAGCCUUUUAAUACCAACCACAUCUGAGCUGCUUAAUUCAAAAGAUUCGAUAGAAGAGUUGCCGAGAAAGUUGAAAAGUCAUCCAGGAUUAACAGUGCAUUCAUCCGAUUCGAGAAUCAAUGAUAAGACUAAUAUCGAAAAAGACUUUGAACCCUUAACAUCUAUUGACGUGUGUCCAGUAAACGAUAUUCAUAGAUUGUUUCAAUACAAAUCUUGUUACGUUACACUUCCUCUAAUCGAGCAAUAUUUCCAACCAAACCAUAUAUACUCGGACGAAUCUCUACUACUCUCACGAGUAUGUUUAAUUGAUAUGUGUCCACUAAUUGUGACCGAAUCCGAUCUAAUAUCGAUGGAAGAUAUAGAUAGUUUCAUCGAAUUUAAUGAAAAUAGGAAAAUGCAUAUAACGGGUUUGGGAACAAAGUCGAUACACCGUUUACCAUCGUCAACUAUACAAUCUACGCAGAAACCAUCAUCAACAUUAAAGACUUUCAAGGAUGAAGUCGGUGAUACUUUUGUACCUUCUUCAUAUCCAGAUGGUAGUAGACAUUCGAAUGGUGGAGGACAAGAUAGUAUUUUUAAAACUAUUAUGACGCGUCUCAGUAAACUUGAACAUGAUACGGACUUAUCUAACCGUUAUAUAAGAAAUAUGCUUAAAGAAACUUUAGAAACCUUGGAUACGUCACAAUCACAGCAUAUAAUGUCUAUAUGGAAUCAGAUCAAUGAAACAGUAGGAAGUUUGAAAAACGGAUAUGAGCGGUUGGUAAUAGAAUCAAUUACGGAAAUUAAGGCCACGCAAAGUCGCCAUAACGAGGAAUUAAGGAAUGUCACAUCAGAUUUACAUCAUCUAGUAACAGAGGUUGCCUUUUUUAAACGCCUUGGACUUGGAUUUGUUAUCAUAUUUUUAAUAUUGAUUGGUAUUAAUUAUGACUUGGCAAAUAUACGAAGCUCGUUAUUAGCUUUUCAUACCUCAAUGAACGAGUUUUCAAUACAAAAUUAUAGGAAGAUCUGGUCAUCAGUAAAAUAG